AUGGAUGCAGAUGUCACAAUGGGUGAGGAUGCUUUGCACACAGGAGACAAAGGUAAACCUUUGGAUAUUACCCCAUAUAUUCUUGUUUCUUUACCUCCACAACUCACACCUAUCAUUCCUAUUACAUCCACAACUGAUUCUCCUACCUUUGAAAACAUCAGCAAACAACCAAUUACAUCUCUUUUUUCUUCACAAUCCACUGAUCCACCUACCACAACUUCACCAAUUCAAGAUUCUUCUUUCAUGGAAACUGAACAUGAGUCCAAAGGUUUUGGAGGGACAUUUGAAAAUCAAGAGUUUGAUGAAGAAGAGAUUGACUUCCUAGAUCACAUGCUCAUGACAAUGAAACAGUUCAAGAUAUUGAAUACAAAACUCAAUUCAAUUCUUCAAUCUCUGGCUGAUCUUGGGGGAGUAAAUUCUGUGACCAGUCUCAAAGUGGAUGAUGCCCUGAAAGAAUUAAAGUUGGUUGCAAAGGAGAGACAUGUUUUAUUUGUUCAAGAUGUGAAGAAAGUCAGAGAAGAUGUGAAUUAUAUACUCCAAGAGCUUAGACAAGAUAUGGAGAAAGAGAUUGCAAUUGUUCGUACUGAUUUUGCAUCUCUCAAUCAAAAGGUGGAGAUCAUCUGUGAUGCAGUUACCAAGUUUGUCAAGUUGUAUGAAAGUUUGAGUCCCCAAAUUGCUCAACUUUCUACAACAGAGAACAAGAAUUUCAUGGAGGCUUUCACUAUGUUAAAGGAGCUUAAAACCUUAUUUUCAACACCUGCUUCAUCUUCUCUGCUAUCCUCUGAAGAUCUUAUCCAGAAAUUUUCUAAAUUAGAAGCCUUACUUCUUCAACAGUUGGCUCCUCUUUCACGAAUAUCCAACCUUCUUCCCACAAUGGAUGCCCCACCUGCAAGUACAGGGGUGCAAGGGGAGAAAGGAAAAUCGAAGGUUCGAAGGCUAGAGGCGAAGAUGCGAAAGUGGUGGGAAAGGUGUUUCCUUCUAAGAUCCCAACAUUAA